AGUACGUACACACACGCUUACCUCAUAUAUGCGAAUACGUAUACCCUCACCUGUAGUUGUAGGACCGGUAAUGCGACAAGUGAUCGCAUACAUGCAGUUGAGAGUUUACUUUUGAAGCGCCAGGAGUUUCAUUGGACAGUGAAACGAACGCGGAGAGUAGCUUCAGACAGUAAGCGAGGAACCGCCGUAGAGUUUGGAUGCAAAGUUCGUUACCGUUUCUCUUGAUCCGCGAGUUGAUUUAUUUAUUGUUAUAUUUGUUACUUUUUAUCGAAGAGUGAAUAUCAGUGCGCAACGGUAUGAUUCUGCACUCGGGAAGUUUGUUCGCGGUAACUUUUGCCACGAUAUGCAGUUCGUUGCCAUCAGCGAUUCUAGUCAGCGGAAAUCCCGCGAUUAUCGAGGGUACGAAUUAUCGGGAUUUCGGUGAUGUCGGUGACGAAAUACCGCGUGACAGUUAUCCGGAAAUCGAGGAUCCGGCAUCGUCCUCUAGGUACGAAAAUUCAAGGGAGAAGUUUUUUCCGCCCCGAAGACGCAGGAUCGAGAUCGACGAGUUCGAAGGAAAUUAUUCCGAGCUUCAAGUAGUGCCGAGUAGUGCAAACUGGCGGGAUGGAUCCUACGAAUCAGCAUUUGAAGAUGACGAGGAGGAUCCGUUCGAACCGACCGAUCUCCUGCCGAAAAACGGUACCGACAAGUGGCUCUCGAAAUUUCGGGGCUUCACGUUGUCCGGAUUCGUCGAGACGAUAUUCACCCUGGUGGCCAGCGGGAUCAGCUCCAUAGUGAACAACAUCGUCGGCGGUGAAUCGAAGAGCAGCAAACCUCGGCCGAAUCGAGUAACCUACAAGGGUCAUCAGCUGCUCAGGAUAACGCCGACGACCGACAGCCAAGUCGCCGAACUCCAAGAGAUGAUGGAGUCGGGCGAUGACGGGCUAAAGUUCUGGACGCUGCCGGCGAAAAACAGGUCCACAGAUGUCGUUGUCGCUCCGGACAUGCUCAGUGAAUUAAAGGAUUCGCUGAGGGAACAGAAGUUCGGGUUUAAAGUGUUGAUAAACGAUUUACAGAAAACGAUCGCGUAUCAAAAUCCAAAAAUGUCCAAGGAGCAACGAGAGGACUUGGUCACAAGUCAGGGUCACUCUAUGACGUGGAAGCGAUACCACAGAUAUGCAGAUAUAAUCAGGUACUUAGAAUAUCUGGCGUUUACUUACCCCAGCCUCGUGGAGCUAGUAACUAUCGGCCACAGCUACGAGGGACAACCCUUAAAACUAGCCAAAAUUUCAACGGGUCUGACUAAGGACGGAGAGAGUAAGCCGGUGGUAUGGAUCGAUGGUGGAAUGCAUGCGCGGGAAUGGAUAGGUCCAGCGGUGGCGACUUACAUCCUGAAUCAGUUGGUGGAAAAGAAUUCGACCUAUUCAAAAUUGCUGGAAACAUCCGACUGGAUGAUCCUGCCAGUCUCAAAUCCGGACGGCUACGAAUUCAGCCACACAGCUGAUCGUCUGUGGCGCAAAACCAGGAGCAAUCACGCAGACUUAGAUUCCGACAACGAGGCCAGAUCAGGUCCGCUCGGCUUGUUCCACCUGGUAUCUCAUUACACCCGGUGGUUAUUCAACCGGUGCGAAGGAGUCGAUCCAAACCGAAAUUUCGGCUACCAUUGGGGCGAAGAAGACAGCGGAGCGGCCAGCACCGAUCCCUGUCAUGAAACCUAUGCGGGACCAAAAGCGUUCUCGGAACCGGAAACGCGCGCCAUAGCCGACUACAUCCUGGCCAACCGGCAGAGCAUAAGGAUGUACCUCACGCUGCACGCCUACUCCCAAAUGUGGCUUGUUCCUUGGGGCUACACGAAAAUACGCCCGCCAGAUUUCGAGGAACUCGCCAACGUCGCGAGGAAGGCUACGAGCGCCAUCCUCAAGGUGCACGGAACUCAGUACCAGGUUGGCGCCUCCCCUGAGCUCCUUUAUCCUACCUCAGGUGGCUCCGACGACUGGGCGAAGGGGGUAGCUGGAAUAAAAUACGCUUAUACGGUGGAGUUGAGAGAUCGUGGUAUUUACGGUUUCCUUCUACCGGCCACACAGAUUGUCCCAACAGCGCGAGAAACUUGGGCCGGUAUUCGAGCGAUAACUCGCCUCGUGACGUGCAACACUUGAAGAAAAAAUUUUACGGGGAGGGAAUAUGUAAAUUAUAAGAUAAGAGUUACGGAAAUAACAGUAAUUAUGAGAACUGAUAGGAUAUGAGCACUAAAACAAAAUACCUCUGACUAACGACGGAUCUCUGCACAUCCUCGGUGAUAGUUUUUCUUAGCUAAUUGUUACAUUCACCGUAAUUCGGAGUAUUUGAAAAAGGUAACUUUCACCUACCCUUGCAAUCAAACGUGAUAUUCAGAUCAGAACAUGGAAUUUUGGCUGAGUUUUUACUGCCGAGAUUUUCCCUCUCUUUUCAUUGUGAAAUCGGAGUAAAAUUCAAUAUCUUUAACGCAUCUCAUAUUCAAGCAGAAAUAUUGCAACCACAAAUAAUCGUGGAACAUUCACAUUAAUACAUCAAGAUUACUGUUUGCGAGCCAGUUAAAAGUCCUCGUUAAAAUUCAGUGAAAGAUCAUCUUAUAUACACGUAGCAUUCAUAGCAGUGAUUAUGCCAUAAAUCAAAAAAUGCCUAGAUUCGUACUUUUCCUUCUUACCUGAUAUAAUUUACUUUCUUAAUGUAUUUUCACCAUUAAUUCUUGGCAAUAUCAUAUGAUACAACGUUUGCAUAAAUUGGCAUUGAUUUGGUUAUAUACAACGACUGGAAUAACCGUGUUAGUUUAUAGUGUUUCCGUGCUAAGAUAUUGUAGGUUGUUUGAUAUACAAAGACGCCUUAAGCUUAGUUUAAGGAGUGAAUGCAAAUUGCUCAAAGGCGUAGCUGUGACAGCAACUUAUUUAUUACUCGUUGUCUUUGGCCCGCCAACAACCAUCCUUAAUUUGUGUAUACACUGGAGUAAAGGACAAAAGAGAAAAACCGUUGACCGCGAAACCCUGUUAAUACGACGUCCACACGGCAGUAUUUUGUAUAGUUAAUUGUCUGUGUCACUCUGUGGUGUCACUACGAAUUAUUCUCCGUAUUCUGUGGAGGAGAAAAUUGAUUGGUAUAUUAUACGUAGUUAUACAAACCUGUGAACAGAAUUGUAUUCAUUUAUUUACUUAUUUUAUUUCAAUGUUUAGUAAUCUAGUUAAGUUGCUUAGAUUAGCUCUUGCAGUGACAAAAUACAUGUAUGUCACUGUAUGGCGUCACAAUGAAUUAUUCUCCGUAUUCUGUAGAGGAGAAAAUCGAUCGGUAUAUCGUACGUAAUCAUACAAAUCCGCGAAAAGAAUUGUAUGUAUAUUUAUUUAUUUAUUUAAUUUCAUUUCAUUAUUUUACAAUUUAUUUAACUUGCUUAGAUCAGCUGUUAUAGCGACAUGAUAAAUGCAGAUUAAAUUACACUACUAGUUAAUCGUUUGUAUAGAUUUCAUAGUUGUCGAGCAUGAUUAUUGAAGAUUCCUAUAUUUUGCUAAAAGUAUUUCUCUACAUUAUUAAAAAAAAAAGAAAAAAAAAACUCUAGCCAAAAGUAUUUCUCUCCAUUCUUCAAUC